GCCGGAGCCGCAAGUCUUUUACUACUACUACUACUACGUUGGUCUGAACCAUUCUGGCGCGAAUCUAAUGAAUCUGAUCUUGAAUGAAUGGCUUUUGACCCGGAAGGUUAAGUAUACACUAGAAAGAGGGAGGAAAAGCUCGGACGAUGGGUGGCCCUUAUCCGCAUGUUAAUUAUCAUGAUGAUGAUACUGGUGAUGACGAUGAUGAAUAUGAUUUCCCUCUCAUCUUGACUGUGCUGACAGGCUGAUCUGCUGCCGUCCAUCCACCGAGCAGCCGUCGUUGGUUAGCGCCCAGGCGGUUGGCGCUCUCGCGUUGUGGUGGCGGCGAAAUGCCAAACACGAUUCGAGACGGAUCUGUCACAGCCCGACUCCUGCACUACGGCCCCAAGACGGGGGUUAGCAGGCGGGAGCUAGCACCACACACCUCGGCGUACGGGGAACCCCUGCUUGGCCGUCUCUGGCCCUCUGGCCCUCAGGCUUCAGCAGCGCACUGGAUGCAGCGCAAGCACCAAGUAGAACCAAGCCCGCCCUGCCCGCUUGGCCCGCCCCCCGGCCCCAUCAUGGCUUGUCUCAUCAUUGCCCACAAAACUGGGAGCUGCACCUGAAUGCCUGCUAUGGCUGUAUGGCUGCUUGGUACCGGGCCCUUGCCCAGCCUGUGGUCCCGAACCAGGGGCCGCAGCUUAAGCGUAUUUUGCUUUAGGUUGGGAUGGCAACUGCUUGCCGCGUCUCAACCCAUGCCCUCUCCCGAGGUCUGCUGCGAGAUGCCCAGCAGCAAGUCAGUCAAUCGUCCGUCCUAGCCGACCGACCGACCCCCUCAGCCCCCCCCAGGCCCCACUACAAAACGGUACCUAGGUACCUCCCUCACUUACACGCACAAUAUGGACAACCUGGACAAGGCUUCCGCCUAGCCUCGCAGCCGCCUCCCUGGCCUGCGUCUGGUCGGACCCAGUCGUGCCCGGCGGCUGAUCCAUGUACGGAUGAUUUGCUGGUCCUGUUUCGAGAUGGUCUCCUGUGCCUAGGGGUGCCCAGAGACAUCAUCCUGUCCUGCUCCCAAGCAGCAUGACCGAAGGGGAGGGGAGGGGGCCAGCCGAGUGCUAUUCCUGAUCCACCAUGCUUUGAUAUAAGCUCUUUCCCUCAUCCACAAACCUUCGUCUUGUUUGUUUCUUUCUUUCUUCCCCCAUCUCUAUACCCGUCGUACUUUUGCUGCUGGCUCGUGUAGAUUUCGAGUACACACUCAUUUUCCAUUUCUCUAUACCCCGUCAUUCUUUCUCACGAGCAGGAACUCGCUACACCACCCAAAGGUUACCGACUCUGGAAGUUCACGCACCACAAGUUCUAAUCACCAACCCAUCAACGCAAACAUGAAGUUCUCCGCAGCUCUCGCGGCCCUCGCCGCGCCGCUCGCCCUGGCCAAGGCCGUCCACAACGUCUACCCGUCGAAGAGGGAUACCGACCUGUACCCCCGGAAGUCAGAGGAGAAGUCGUCGGAGAAGGGCCAGGGAGGCGAGGGUCAGGCACAGUCAGGAGGCGCGACGGUGCUCGCUGGCAUGCAGGGCCCCGGCCAGCAGAUCUCGGCGUCUCAGGAGCAGCUCCUCACCCUCGGCCUGUCCGGCGCCGGCAUCACCACCAACGCCGCCACCGAGGUCAUCAUCAUCUGGGUCAACCAGGGCAACGGUGCCCCGACCAUGAACGUCAACCCUCCCCCUCAGGCCGCGCCCCCCGCUGGCGCCCAGACGCACGAGGUCAUGGUCGGUGGAGCUGCCGGUCUGCAGUUCACCCCCGCCGAGAUCAAGGCCGCAGUCGGUGACAUGGUCGUCUUCACCUUCAUGAGCGCCAACCACACCGCAACCCAGUCCGCUUUCGACACCCCCUGCCAGGCCCUCGCCGGUGGUAUGGACUCUGGUUUCCAGGCCAACCCCAACAACUCUGUCAACCCACCACCUCAGGUUGCCAUGCAAGUUAUGGUCGACACUCCCCUCUGGUUCUACUGCAGGCAAAAGGGUCACUGCGGAAAGGGCAUGACCUUCUCCAUCAACCCCACGGCCGCCAAGACUCAGGCCAUGUUCCAGUCCAUGGCAAUCGCCCAGAACGGCACCGGCGCCGGCACUGGUAUCACCGGUGGCCAGGCUCCCCCUCCGGCUGCUGGCGGUAACGGCAGUGCUGCUGCUCCUCCCGCUGCUCCCCCUGCCGAGGGUGGUGCUGCUGCUGGUGGUUCUGCUGGUGGCUCGGCCGGUGGCUCUGGCUCUGGCUCUGCUGGUGGUUCUGCUGGUGGUGUCACUCCUACCAUGGGCCAGGGCCAGAUCCAGAACGGUGCUUGCGUCUGCGCUGUCACCUGCUCUACCGGCUCGUUCCCUGCCGCCCAGGCUCAGGGUGUUGGUGCUUUCGGUGGUCUCCCUGGUGCUCUCCCAGCAAGCAUGUCUGAGGUCAUGAUGAACGCACCCGCCGCGUAAAAAGGAUUUCACGUUGUCUGUUGUAGGACACUAUAGGAGAUUAUUGGGACGACCCGGAUGUCGGACUUUUUCUUAUGAUGAUUUGAAUGAAUUGUAGAGAUCCCCCUUUUUUUAAGCAGCUACCCGCCGGAGACAGGAGGCUAGAUUUCCUCCCAUUUUUUACUCUUUAUAAACAGGGGCGGCGGGGGAAAGGUUGUAUAUGACUGGUUCGUAUCCUGGAUGGAUACCUUAAUAGUACAACCUUUUAUUCCAACUCGAGUUCCCAUCUGUGAUUUGCGUCUUGAUGUUAGUCCGCAACGAGGCUUCUGUGGUGGAAGGCCAGAGGCGUUGACAGUGGUGCGAACCAGGCGCACGCAAAUCAACACACUAUUGUUGGUGGUGUGGCAAUCACCGCCUUACUCACAAUAUGCUCAGUAUCCGUACCAAGCUUCAAUGAACUUGGACGAACCUGGGCCCAACACCGGACGUCUUCCGUACCGACCCAGAUAAUUUAGGAUUUCCCUGCAGCGCACCCUUCCGGAUUGAUUGCCUGUCCCUUUCGCUCAUCAUCCGUGGUCGUCCCGCUCGUCCCUGAUUCAUCGUCCUGUAGCGACCGCCAAGCCCAACCUGCGGCUGCGGGAGGGUGGCUUCCGGCGAGAAACACUUUGAAACGGGGUGAUUCCACUUUCCGAGUCGUCCCGGGCGCGCCCGAUCCCGAGACAUAACAAUAUGUAUGCACCUGGCAACAGCGAACGAACAGCCGGUAAUGAGGAUAACACUCACCCGCUCGCUCGCUCACCCGCCCUGCUUCCGCUCGCCGUCCGGGCGCGACUUGGGUGUCCGGAUGCGAGGAAGCUUGAGGCCUUCUUCACCCGAGCUCACGUGGCCGGGGCGGACGGUGCUUGGAGCAUCCGGUCGGUGGCAUCCCGGGUAGAAAAGUUGUGAUGACUCCUCCCACCCCCAACGUCCUUAUCCCAUCGUGAGGUGCCAGUCUGACGGGCCAGGCGUCGUGCCGCUGUCGGUUGUCCUUCUCUGUUGAUCUCUGCUUGAACGGUGAUGGGUUCAGAUGGACGCGUUCGUGCGAUUGGACUCGUGCAAACGCUAUGCGCUCGACCCGUGUGUUCUCGCGGCGGGAUGGCUUGCACCCGACCGGCUUUGGUCGAGCCUGACAACGGAGGGAAAGCGUGUUCUUGGAGUGUUCUGUAGACCACCAUGUUCCUCCCGGCAUCAAUCCGGGCCGAGCCUCACGAUCGUCCAUUCGCCUGCGCGUCGUUGCUUCUUCGCUCCGUCCUCCCCGCGACACGCUCGCACAUACAGGUCGUACCCAGAUAAGGCCGGCAGCCCGCCGCUUGAGAAGGACAACAGGGUGGUUCUGGGGGGGAGAGACACAAGUAUAUUGCCAGAGGGGGGACUGCCUAAAAACGCUACAACAGCCCUCCUUGCCUUGUCCCUUCUUCUCUGCCGCCCCCAGCUUAUGCCCAGCCAACAUCCACUCCGCGCUGCCGCCUCGUGCGGGCGAAAUGUGACCUGUGCGCCAGUGUUGAUAAAAUAGGUCUUCCCAAUUCCAUUCCGUUGCUCCAUGCUGAAAAGCAGAAUCCAUAACCCGGGAGUGGAGGGGUCGUUGGGUGGGUACGCGGGUUUCCCUCGCCCUUCCUCCCUUGCUACUGUCGUUGUCCCCCCGCCGCGGGUGAGAUAUGAUGAUGUUCCGUCCGGAAGUCGAGAGAUGCGUCUAUUUCUUUCCGGCGGCCAAUUCGGCCUUCUUGGCGUCGGCUGUGCGAGGGUUAGUCCAUACCUAGGUAACGAGCCAGCCGUUGCAGCCCGCCGGCAGACUGCUCCCUGAAUAGUAGUUUGAGCCUUACCAGCCGCCUGCUUCUCGCGCAUCAUGGCGGCGACCUUUUCCUUGUCGCGCUGCAUCUCGCUGCCGGUCUUGGUGUUCUUGGACUUCUGCACAUUGGGAAGGAGGACGGCGUUAGCAAGGCUGUGCCACGGGUCCGGCCUUGUUUCUUUCUUCUUUCGUGGUUUCUUGUUCUUCCUCCCGGCGGCAAAAGCGGGCAGCAGCCGCCCUGGCGGCGAGGGCUUGGCCCCUCUGCAGAGCGGCCCGCUGGGCGCUUAAGAGGGUGACGAGGUUUUUUUGGUCUUGGGCCGGGGAAAUCGAGGCCGCAGAAAGGGCUGAGAUGACUGGUCGCUGGGGUGGGCUUGCUUACCUGGGCGGCCAGCUUCUUCUGGGUGGCCUCGCGGGCCUUGUCGCGCUGGUUUCCACGAGCCAUGGUUGUUGAUGCUUGGUGGGGGGGGGGGCGGUGCGUGUUUGGGAUCUCGAGGUCGACAGAGCAGGUGGUGUUCAGCGGGAGAGGCUUGUGGUGACACCAGGCAGAAGUGCGUCGAGGGCGGGAGAAAAAGAGCUUCCUCGGUCGUGCAACGGCCACCCCGGGUCAGCUGUCGGGACGAGGCCUAGAACGAAAGGGAAGCGCGAGGCUGUGUCCCCACCCGUCGCCGCAUGGACACCCGCGCUAAGCCUCAUUGGAAUGAAUGACUUGGGGGCGGCCGCUUUCGACAGUCAAAUGCACCCGCCGAAUCACAAGCGCUACUGGACGUGCAUUCCAGUCAGUGAUGUCGAG